AUGCAAGAGGAACUCAAUGAAUUCGAAAGAAACAAAGUUUGGCACCUUGAGCCAAAGCCUAAGGGAAAGAAAGUUAUUGGGAUGAAAUGGGUGUUCAGGAACAAGCUUGAUGAACAUGGCACCAUAGUAAGGAACAAGGCUAAAUUGGUUGUGAAGGGCUACAACCAACAGGAAGGUAUUGAUUUCGAUGAAACCUUUGCUCCUGUAGCUAGAUUAGAAGCUAUUAGAAUCCUAGUUUUUGUUGAACAACCUCCAGGUUUCGAAAAUCUAAAAUUUCUGAAUCAUGUUUUUAAGCUUGAUAAAGCUCUCUAUGGGCUUAAAAAAGCUCCAAGAGCCUGGUAUGAAAGGCUUUCAAAGUUCCUACUAAAAAAUGAUUUCAAAAGAGGAAAAGUAGACAAAACUCUUUUUCUUAAAUCUCGAGGAACUGAUUUGUUAGUUAUAUAG